CGUAGCUCCUCCUUUUGGGCCUCUUAUCUGACCUGCCCCUAAGGAAAUUUAUCUCCAAGCUCCGCCCUACUAAGUCCCGGCAGCGUCUCUGGCCAAGACCCUGUCUGGUUCGGGCGGCUCAGAAGGCCCACCCUGCCGCCCCUUCCGUGACGCACCCUCUCUGUUCCUUCAGCGUCCGAGCCUCCUCCUUACUCAGGCUCCCAGGCCCCUUCCCUUUUCGAACCCUGCCAGGCAUCCCGCCCCUCCCAUUCAGAGCCCAGACCGUGGACCACCUUCCUUCUAGAAUCCUGAGACCAGGCCCCAUCUCUGUUCCCUUCGCACAUCAUCAGGGACCAACCGUGCAGAUAAGUGGGAAAAUGGGGGAUCCCCCUCUGGGUCCCGAGAAGACGGGGACUAUAAGGGGUGUUCGUUGCAGCCCGAGCCGGGCUCUAGGACCCAGCGGGCAAGUACGCCCGCUUUGCUCCUACCCCUCCCCCAAGCCGCCCCCUCCCCCCCCACGUCUUCCAGGUUCCCCCUCGCUCCCCCCUCGCCCCGGCUCCCGGUGCCCGUCUCCAGCGCCGCCGGAGCCAGCGAGGGAGCGGGAGCGAACAGGAGGAGGAGGAGGCCGCGUCGCCGCCGCUCGGAGCCCGGCCGGAGCCUCCCAGACCACCUUGGAGUGUCCCCUGAGGCCAGGUUUGGUUUACAACAAAGUGAACCCUAUCUUCCACCACUGGAGCCUGGGUGACUGCAAGUUUGGGCUGACGUUUCAGAGUCCCGCAGAGGCUGAUGAGUUCCAGAAGAGUCUGCUAGCUGCGUUGGCUGAACUCAGCCGAGGCUCGCUCACUCCCUCCUCUUCCUCUUCCUCCUCCUCCCCUUCCCAGGACACUGCAGAGACCCCCUGCCCUCUGACGUCCCAUGUGGACAGCGAUUCCUCCUCCAGUCACAGCCGCCAGGAGACUCCUCCCACAGCUGUUGCAGCUCCCAUUGUCACAGUGGAGUCAACAUCUGCCUUCCCACCAGCCACACCCCCACAACGGCGACGCUCCUCUGCUCAGAGCUACCCUCCGCUUCUACCGUUCACUGGGAUUCCAGAACCCUCAGAGUCUCUAGCCGGGGCAGGGAGCCAGGGCUGGGGCGGCCGUGGCUAUGAGGACUACCGGCGAUCCGGGCUACCGGCACCUCUUCCCCUGUCUACCUGCGUCGUGGGCUUCGGCAAGACUGGUGCAUUGAGGGGUGCAGCUCUGGGUCCCCCAGUGUCACUCCCUGCCCCUCUCACUGAGGCUACACCCCCAGCACCCCCUGCUCGUCCACCCCCGGGUCCGGGCCCCACUCCUGCUCCAGCCAAGGCCUCCCCGGAGGCGGAGGAGGCUGCACGUUGUGUGCACUGCCGAGCACUCUUCCGUCGCCGUGCUGAUGGGCGUGGUGGUCGCUGCGCAGAGGCCCCAGACCCAGGUCGCCUGCUAGUGCGCAGGCUCAGCUGCCUGUGGUGUGCCGAGAGCUUGCUGUACCAUUGUCUGUCGGACGCCGAGGGCGACUUCUCGGACCCAUGCGCUUGUGAGCCAGGCCACCCGCGCCCUGCUGCACGCUGGGCCGCUCUGGCUGCGCUGUCCCUGGCAGUGCCCUGCCUCUGCUGCUAUGCACCUCUGCGAGCCUGUCACUGGGUUGCAGCACGUUGUGGCUGUGCGGGCUGUGGGGGUCGCCAUGAGGAGGCUGCACGGUGAGGAUUGUUGGGCUGGCUUGAAAAUCGGUCUGAAGACCUAAAAUGGAGGGUCCAGGACCCUGAACUCCGUACGAACCUAAAACCCAAACUUAGGUACGUCUGGAACUUGGAGCUUAAAUGGAUUUGAGAGAUCCCAGAUCUGGUACCUUGGACCCCAAACCUAGGACUAAGAUCUCAGACUCAGCUUCAUCAGGAUGUCUGUCAAGUGGACCCAGGAGUCCUGAAUUCUGGAUUCUCCCUCCCUCUUUCCCACUGAGGAGACUCAUGACAUCUCCAAACAUUACAUCUCAGAGGGCCCAGGAGCUUAUACCCCUGAGACCCAGGGAUCUUGGACCCUGACUGUCUGUCUAAAUACCCAACCCAGACUCCAGGUCAUACUUGACAUUGUAAACACUCAUAUUACAGCUCCCAAAUUAGUCAGGAGUUGCUAAAACCUGACCCUUUAUCAAAUGACUUAGACCUUGAGACCAGAGGACCCAGGAUCACCAGAAAACAGUCCCUGAAUUUUCACUGGAGACCUGGUAUACUUACAUCUGGAUGUUCUUAUAGCCCAGGACCCGGAAACACCAAAUCCUCCCGGGUUAGAGACACCAGGAUGGUUUGGAAUCACCAGAUACUGACCUGAAGUCUACUCACUCCUGAGAGUCCAUAGAUCUUACCAUCAGUUCAUGUCCAAGCGAUUCACAAAUUCCCGCAGGCCCCAAAAUGUGCCAAGUCCUCAGAUAUCUUCAAACAUGAGGUAUUUUCUGACCAAAAUAACUUGGGAGGCCCUUUUUAGUGCUCAGCAAGGUCCAGAUAUCAGACACCAAGAUGGCCCUGGGAGCCAGGGCCCGGACACCUGCCCCUCAAGUCAGCCGUUCUUGAGAACUUGGGUCUCACGGAUGGUCUCUGAGGUGCCUGUUACCCUCAGAUGUAUGCCUGAAGGCCACCAGCACUUUGGGCCCAAUGCACUGGUUUCAAGUGCUUAGACAGCCUUCCAGUUUCCCUGGGGCCUGAAUUUUAAGAACCCAAAUGUUCUGGAAACAUUAGCUUCCUUCUACCUAUGUUCCCCAACCAACAGCUGGGUGGGAGCCUGGAUCUCAGGAGAUGCAGUGGUCAUGGUAAUCCAGGCCUCUCGUCCCUUGACUCUCAGCUCUAUAGCAACUCCAAGGUGCUUUAAGAGCACUGGGUCUAAGAUUCUGAGAUACCAAUCGACCCCUGUGUGCAGGAUUUAAGCCCCCACAAUCCUGAGAUUGUUUUUGGCCUGAGACAUUGGUCCCUUUAUACCAGAGACAUUAGAAACAAGAUGUCCCAGGGCCUUGGCAUCUUUAGACCCCAGAGUUUCUUGAACUCAAAGUACUUCUAGACUGAUGAAGCCCCCAGAUCCCUGAUCCCCCUGAGUCCUGCCAUCCAGAGGUUCCUAAGAUUACAAAGUCCCAGCAACAUUCAGAUAUCCUCUUUAUACUGGGGGAACACCUGCACCAGUGUGAAUUCAGAUUGCUGGAAUCCUGGACCACCCAGCAGUUUUCCUCUCCCACCUCUAGGGCCUGACAUUGCCACAGAGGAUUGUACAAGCUCUCAGCUAAGCAGAGACAGGCAGCUGCAGGGGUCAAACAGGGACAUCAGAGAAAGGUCUGCCCUUCUCUACUGUGCACAACAGUACCUUUUGGGCUGGCUAUUGCUCCACAGAAACCCCCAUCAUCCCUAACCCUUGCAGA